AUGCGAACGCAACGCACCGUCAUCACAUACUCAAUCGUUCGGCCGACCUCCUUGCGACCAUCGCCGAAGAACGCCGGACGGCGUUGGGACGGCGACUUGCAAUACUUCCAGUCUUCGUCUUCACGACCAAGAUUUCUUGCCCCCUACUGUCACUCCCUUAGAAUCGUUCGCAUAUUCUAUACAACCUUACUCGCAUCCUACAUCAGCGAAUCCGCCGCGCGCUUGCGGCGCUAG